AUGAGCCACAUUAAAUCUCAAGAGAAAAUCAUGGCUCCGCCCCUCAUGUGGCCCUUGCCCACGUGUCCAAUAACUUCUCCUCUGACUGAAGGUAAGUUGACCCUUCUACGAUGCUUGAGCACCAAAAUUCUCUCGAAAACCAUAAAUUCAGACUGGAUGAGGAAUUUUAGUACGAUUAAGUUAUUCCACAACAGGACAGCAGGAACAUUUUACAAGGGAAUGACCCUCCAAGACGAAGUUGUAGCCAAGAUACCAAUGCAUUACGCAGAGUUUAAAAGUGGUGUUAUUGAUGAAGUGCAAGAAUGUCGAAGCAAACCAAUGAAAGAUAGGUGA